AUGAGUCUAGCUAUGGUGGGGAUGACCAAGACUAGGGGAUCGUCUACUUCAAAGGCCUCCAUGAAUGACCAAGUACCCAAGGUGCCUCUAGAGUCUGAGUCGAGGAAAAGGCAAAAGGUGUCCUAUGAGGCUGUUAUAAGGGGUAAGGUUGAUACAUGUAAGCAGAUGGUAGACUACAGAAGUUUACAGAAG